UAUGCGGCAAAGCUGCCUUGAAAAAGUAAAUAAAUGUUAGCACGGCCAUAUGAUAAUCCAUUGAAAUAGAUAAUAUAAUAUCAGUUUGUUUUGAAGGGAUUGCACAUUCUCUUUUGUUGCAGUCAUAUACAUAAUUAUUCAAAUUAAUUGAUCUCCACCUGGCUAUAAAUUUUUACAAUCUGUUAAUUCUAAUUCUGCUGGUGGUGAAGGUGAAAGUGCAGUGGUCAGGUUUAUUUUUUAGGUUUAUAAAAUAUUUUUUGUCGGUGGCGCAUGUUGUUGUCACUGAGGUCAAUAGUUAUUGGACAAUUAAGCCUAUGGUAGAAACCAAAACAUAAAAAUGAGGAUGCACACCCAUGGCAAAUGCACGUCUAAUAUCCUUCUUGGGGCCCUUACCGUAUUUUGUGUUGUUCUUUUGUACAACUAUUGGACCGUGUCCAGCCUAAAUCAUGAUCUGAUACUCAAGAUACACACCCUUGAAGCACGUAUAAUCCAAGUGUCCGGAACGAAUGACGCAUUGCAAGCGAGUUUGGACAAGGUGCAAGACAUCAAAGAUAAAGUCGAAGGGAACUUGAGAAAGGAGCAACUUGUUGACCAAAAAGCCAAAGAGGAAAUUGCCCAGAAAUCGAAUAAAAUAAAAUCACUUUUGAAUGAUGUUGAAAAUUCUAAGCAGGCUACCCAGAAUUGUAGGGAUGAACUUACACAGACAGAAGCCAAGAUGCAAGACAAAGAUAAAGAAGUUUCUGAAAUUAAAGCCAAGAUCGUUUCACUUGAGGCUCAAUUAGUUGAAAAAAGUAAUAAGGUGUCCAGACUAGAGAAAGAAGUAAAGCAGAAACUGGUGGGCAGUAGUACAGCCAAAUCGGGAGGAGAAAAGGGACCAGUUCCGGCCCCAGCCAUUGAAGUUGCUCAUCAAGAUGACCAGGAACAACCUGUGCUAAUUAACGAUCCAGCGGUGCCUUAUCCAAUAGGGUGGAUGGAAUCUCAUGGUUCCAUCAGCAAUCCAAAAAAAGUUAUCAUAAAAAAUGAGGGUGAUAGCGGCAUAGAAAGGCGCCGAGGUAUGGGUCCCGUAAUCAUAAUUGAUCCUCCCAAUCUCCCACGAUUAAAAGCCAGAUUCAGUGUUUUGGAUCGCCCAAAAAAUGAAAUGAAGCCUGAAGUUGGUGGUGCGUCCCCAAUUAGACAACCGGAUAGUCUAGUUAAACCUCAAACGCAAGAUGAUGGGAACAUCAACAACAACGGUGGCGGUGAAGACUUUGGCCCACAGCCUGGCGUAUUACCGGUUCCAGGACAUCGAGCUGAACAACCGGUGCACGCUGAGCAAAAUCUUGAUGCAGCAGAAGACGAUGGUGACAGACCAUUGAAAGACGAUUUCGGAGUACAGGAUGACCAGUCACCCGAUGGGGCUCUUUCUCAAAAAGAAGUUAUAAAUGCGGCGAUUCAAGCUCCCAACAUGAAACAUGAUGAUGUAGAUCACCACCAAUAAUAAUAAGUCUGAUUCAUUUGCGGUUGUUUUGUGGCAUUUAACGGUGCAGUACCUCCGGUCUAUGCGUGUAACAAAGUCAAGCACAGAUUACAUUGUACAAGUACUCAUCAUCGAAACAUUAAAUACUAUAUAUAGAGAGAUACUUAUUAUAAAUAGUUAUAUAUCCCUUUUGUAAUUUUAUCUAUGGUAAAAGUGUCUAGAUGAUAGGCACGACAAUUAAUCUUUGUAAUCAUAUUUAGCCUUAAAAAGGUCCCCAGAGGUAGUAUUAUUGCAUAAUAUUCGGUUUAGCUGCUCUUGUAUUUAAAUAUCUGUAUAAUAUAUACACAUGUGCUGGGUUUGUGAAAUUUCAGUAAAAGUUAAUACUGCUAGUCUACCAUAUGCAUAGUACUUGUUUGAAUAUAAAGCUAAAAAAGUAACGGGCAAGUUAGCAAGUUCCGCUCUGGGGUACCGCGCCGCGUGAUGUAAUCUAAUUUACUUUAUCUCUAAACGAGUGAUUUAGUAUUCAGUUAUACAACUCGAAUUUCCUCAUUGAAAGGAGUGCAAAUGAGAUUGAAAUGGAAUGUCAAAGGUCAGAGAGUCAUAUUUCGUACACUAUGCGAAACUAUUGUAUGAUUAUAUCUACUGACUGCCAUGAAUCUGCACAGAGAGUGUGUAGAGUUGAACCCCGUCUCUCCCUGCAAGGAGCUGUGAAGCAUAUAUGUACUUGUGAUAUAUUUUCAUUAAAAGCAAGCAUAUGCUGACAUUCGACGUGUUCUUAAUAAUUGGAGACACAUUAGAUAUGUGCACCGAUGCAAAGUGUUGGUAUUGGUUGAUGUGACUCAAUUUUCCAAUUGCUUCUCCGAUGCUUCAGUUUGUAUGCAUAUUGCUUGCUGUAAUGAUGAUGCAACUUCCUUGAAAUUCACCAUACGUUUUCGUAUUAAAAUACUGUUGUAAACUGAGAAUUUUACAUCCAUAAUAAACUACCUUCUGUCAAUUUGUUAACAA